AUGUCGGGCCAGACACCUCGGCAUGCGUUCAUGGUUCCUCAAGCACCUGCCGAGGACUGCCGCAUUGAGGUACCUCAAGACGCCGUCGAUGCCCUUCGUAACACAAUCCCGGUCUCCCGUGAUGAAGCAAUGCGAAGUUCUCCUGACCUCCGUUACAGUAGACCUUGGGUAAACCGCAAGAUUAUCCAGGACCCCCCCGCGACGUCAUACGUCGUAAUCGUGGACGCAGGAUCAAGCGGGACCCGCCCCUACAUCUACAAGUGUCGUGAACAUAAGGCUGUACCAGGACAUUUUGAAUCUUCGACUGAUGCGGGGACGAAAAUUUCCUUGUUUUAUAACGCCAAAGUCACCGAGGUGGUUCGCGACAACGGGACCGGUGCCGCCGGGAAAGAGAACCAAGGUAUCCAUAACUGUUUCAGGGAGGGGGGGGAGGACGCCAAUCAGAGAAAGGCUGCCGUCGAGACUUACCUCGGGGGCUUGCUCACAGAAGUCAAGGAGAUCCUAGAAAAGCAGGGUGUCACCGGCGACGCGCUCAAAGAUGUCUCGUUCUUUUUCUAUGGUACAGGGGGCGUGCGGACGCUUUCUCCCACCAACAUAACUGACCUGUACGAAGUCGUGAAAGCUAUAAUCCUGGACGCCGGAUUUGGCGACCUGAAGAACCCGAGAUUAGAUAUUGAUGGCGCGAUGGAGGCAAAAUUUGGGUGGGUUGCGGCCAAUUACUCGCAAGGGUACCCCGUUUCCGACUACCGGGUAUAUGUGGAGAUGGGUGGGGCCAGCGCCCAGAUUGCUAUCCCCGUGCCUCUUUACCAAGAUGUCGCGUUGGUCAAUGAAAAGGAGAGAGCUAUGCGAAGUUUUGAUCAAGCUGCCGCCGGGCGGUGUGAGCUGGAGCUGCUGGCGGCAUCGGCGUAUGUCGAAGCGUUAGAGCCCGGGAAGCAGCUCAUCCAUGCGAAUAAGCGAGCCGACGAUAUUAAUAAUAAUCAGGGGAAGCACAUGAGGAUUGCGAGAGUGGAGCCGUUCGGAGGACGGAACGUGUUUUUGGCAUCAUUCCCAAUGGGAGUGGACGAAGGGUACGAGAGGUACAAGAAAGCGCUCCCCGCGUUGAUCAAUGCCCCAGACUACAGCAAUGCACCGACUCUCCGUGAUCCAAGUAGGCGUUACGGGUAUGAAAAGGAUAUCGACAUCGAAUUUCUCGAAGAAAGAUGGACGAAGAUAGAGGGGACGCAGUAUCGAAACGGCGGCGCCAACGACACUGAAGCCUGGGUGACCGAGGGUGUCAAAGAUGCUAUACUCGCAUCCAGAACAAGAAAUGAUGACGAUACUAUCGCGCCCAGGGAGCUUACAGUCCCGUUGGAAAUACAAAGUUUCCGGAACCUCCUGGGCCUUGACCCUGUUAACGUACGAAUAUCUCAGUCAGACACAAGUGUGGUGACGACUCUGUAUUUUAGCUACCUGUUAACGUACGAAUAUCUAAGCACAGGUAGCAUCAGUCUUGGACACAAGUGUGGUGACGACUGA